GAAUGACCACAUGCCCCAAAGUUCUCUAGGCGAAAGAGAGCAAGAUUCUCCCUUCUAUUCUAGUUCAAUCCCGCGAUGCCGGUCAAACGGUUUCUGUCACUCCCUGUGAUGGCGGUGAUUUCACUUAUGGCUUUUGUUUAUUACAUUACAGUCUUCGUCUUGAUCGAGGAUUGGGUGGGCUUGCAGAGCUCUCCAGGCAUUUUGAAUGCCUCCUUCUUUACUAUAUUGGCUGCUUUUUGUCUGUUCUCUUUUCUUGUUUGCGUUCUUGCAGACCCUGGCCAUGUCCCUUCUUCGUAUCUCCCCGAUGUUGAAGGCAGAGAAAUCACGGAUCAUGCAAAUGGCAAAGAUAGUUUAGAACAGAAGAGAUGUGACAAAUGCUUUGCAUACAAGCCUCCAAGGACUCAUCAUUGUCGAGUCUGCAGAAGAUGUAUUCUGAAAAUGGAUCAUCACUGCAUGUGGAUAAAUAAUUGUGUCGGUUACUGGAAUUAUAAGGCUUUCUUUGUUCUGGCAUUAUAUGCCACCAUAGCAAGUAUUCAUUCAACGGCAAUCUAUAUAAGCUUUGUGCUUCAAAAAGACUGGGAUUCAUUGAAAGGAAGAUCUCUUAAGAUAUAUUACGUCCCAUGUGGGUUGAUAUUGAUCACCUUGACCGUGACCCUUUUAACUCUUCUGGGAUGGCAUAUAUAUCUCGUUCUUCACAACAUGACUACCAUAGAGUAUUAUGAGGGUAAGCGUGCACAGUGGUUGGCUAGAAAAUCGGGACAAAGCUAUCGACAUCCAUUCAACAUUGGUGCAUACAAAAACAUUACUUUGAUUUUGGGUCCAAACAUGCUGAAAUGGCUGUGUCCGACUGCACUGAACCAUCUGAAGGAUGGAAUUAGCUUCCCUACGUCACGUGAUAGUGCUUAAAAUUUUUCAUCAACUGCAGGUCAUGCUAAUUGGCGUGAUAGUGCUUGAAAUUUUUCAUCAACUGCAGGUCAUGCUAAUUGGUCUUGACAUAAUCUAGAGUCAACCAUCUGAAAGGAUGUUUUAAUUUGAUGAUAGUCUCCUCGAGUCCAGACGCAGGAAAAGCCAGUGGAUCAACCAAAUAGAGUUCUAUUGGACAGGUUUUUAAGCAUUUACGGGAAUCGAAUGGUGGGCUUGCUGCAACAUGCGGAUUGUGGUAAAUGUUCAUAACUUGUGGAUGGAUAGUGUAACCUAAAUCAUAUGACGAUGCUUACACAUGAGCAUAUGGGAUGGACUCCGUGACCAAAAAGAACCAAGCAUUGCCUUCCAACCUGAUAAACUCGAAGGAUUAAAAGAAGGGUUAAUGUGCAA